UGUCUAAUGCAAUUGCAAGAGACGCGGUCGAGAGUUGAAAAUUGACAGCUAAUGAUAGGUACAGUUCACAGUUCAGCUAGCUCGGAGCUCCUAUAGAAAGUCUUGCCCUGCGGCGUACAGAGGUUAGUAGAGAGCUACCUGCUACCAAGCUGAGGAGACCGACAAUAACUUGAAGACUGAAUUCUGCCAUUCAUCCCAUCUUCACUCAACUGUGACAUAAUUAUACUUGGCAACAAUAACAAGUAGUAUGGCUCAGAACAAGACGACCACAAGCAAACCAACAGUUUCUGGUGGUAGUAAGAGAAAGCUGGAUUUUGAUGAUGGCAGUCGUACUCUCAAGAAUAAGACCUUCUUCCUCGAUCUAAAGGGAUACAGAAACCAGGACCAACUUGAGAGAGAACUGACACGCCGAGGAGGACUGGUUGAGAAGUUCUUCGAUGUUGGUGUCAAGUAUUUGGUUACGAACCGUUCCCAUGACGACUCGUCAACCCCCUCCCCCCGCCCCAUCUCAACAGGGAAAUCCCCCCUGGAGAGUGUGUCCCCUGUGGAGCCUGGGAAGAAGCCAGCCUAUCUCACUAGAGCUGCAAUGAUGGUUGCUGCUUCAAAGAAAAUAUCAGGUAGCAAGAAAAAUGUGGAUUUGAUUGCCAUGGCAAAGUCCUGGGGCUGUAAAGUGAUCUCAUUGGACGCUCUAUUGGCAGAGCUCAAACGAUUGAAACCAUUACCAAAAAAGGGUGGAAAAAUAAAAGCAAGCUGUGGAGUUGUUCAUCACCUCAGAGCGCCCUAUCUGAAGGUGGAGGACCAGUCUCGAGGGUACAAGCCUCUAGUCCACGAACCCAAGGUCUGGCCACGCCCACAACACAACACGUCACCAAACAGCUGUCCAUUCGAUGCCCCCAAAACCAAGCCCCCAUAUUGUUCUGGUUCUCCUCGGAGUUCCCCUGAUAGACCACGCUCCUUUCAUCCCAUGAUCACUCGCUCAAAGAAACCUGGCUACUGUGAAUGCUGCUCCCAGAGAUAUGAAGAUCUUCCCAUGCACUUGAGGAGUGGGAAGCAUUCGGAAUAUGCCAAUGACGAUAGUAAUUACGCUACUCUGGACAAGCUGAUAUCACGAGGGGAAAAAUAUGCCGACUUUGUACGCAAAUUGAAGAGGAGUCCUCUGAGAAGUUAUCCUAAAAAUCUCCAAAAAGACGAUUCUGUCGUGCUUAAGACUCCGCCCAAUAAAAGACAAAAAUCACCACGGCAACCGGAGGUCUCGUCACCCCGCAAGAAAAUCACUCUCGGAACUUUUGCUUCUCCGAAAACAGGCCAACUCCGAAUCACGCCUGUCAAAACUGAUAAAGAGCAGACUCCAGGUUUUGUGACUCCUAAAGAAACUAAAACAGAGGCUGUUGCUCAAGAGGCAGCCAGAACACUGGUGGCCUCAAAUAAAAGGUGCUUAUAUACAGAGGGAGAAGCUAGCGAGAGGCCUUGCUGUGAUACUAGAACAUUGGUGGCCUCAAGAAGAAGGUGCCUGCAUUCAGAGGAAAGGGGAGAGGCUAGCGAGAGACCUUGCUGUGAGACCAGGACACCGGUAGCCUCAAGAAAAAGAUGCCUACAUACAGAAAAAGGGAGAGAGGCUAGCAAGAGACCUUGCUAUGAUGAUAUCAGAACCUCAAGAAAGAGGUGCUUGGAUACAGACAAAGAGGGAGAGGCUAGCGAGAUACCUUGCUGUGACAGUGACUGUGUGCCAGAGACUCCUGUCAAGCGUGUCAGAAAGUCAUCACCCUGCGAUCAACUGCUGACUAACCUGAACACUAUAUUUGUGAGAAGGUGUGGCACGUCACCAACAAACAGGGAAUCCCCCUCAAGAACAACCAAACAUUUGUAACUGAUGUUAUGAUUAUUUAUGAUUAUCCGUUUUUUUAUCUGAUUUUUAUUCAUAAUAACAACUUUAUCUUAUCUCACGUC